AUGGCGCGACGGUACGAGAUCGAUGAGCUGAUAUGGCUCCGCGGCUCGCCCCUUGUCGCAAAGCCUCCUGGCCUGCCUCCAAUUGAAGAAUGGAUGCCUCAACCUGACUCAACAAACACACAACGCAAACCCCAUGGCACCCGUGAUGCCAACAAUCCCGCUGAGACUGGCACAAACAGAAGGCCGAGCUUUUUUGAAGCCAAGCAUAUCUCUCGGGGUUCUAAUUCUGAGGACAUUGUACUCGGCCCCCCGAAAACCGCCUUCGCCUCAUCUCGCAUUGGCGGCAAAGGCUCGUUGGAUCUGACGGAUCGACCAGCGCGGCCAAAUGAUUCUGAUGAGACGAAGAACGACCGAUUCAACUUCAGAGACAGGUUGUUUAAAGACCGUGAUGCCCCGGAUAGAGAGUUAGAUAGACGGGAUGCCAAGUCAGGGCCAUUGACUGGCCGGCGUGGUGAGCGAGAAGACUGGAAUUCCGGGCGCCCACGUCGCACGUUCGGCCCGGAUGAGCAGGAGCGCAAGCCCAGACGAAACGGCGAAUUUGACAGAUGGGAAAACAAAGAAGGACCCCACGAUCCCAACGCUGAACGGGUUCCCCGUGACAAAGAUGGCCGAUUCCCCACCCGGAAAGAAGGACAGCCCCCACGAUCCAAAUAUGAAGGAAGCUGGUUCCGCGAUGAACAGGCCCCAGAGGGCGCUGAUGCUGAUGACGAUAAGCCGCCGUUGCGCAACCGAGAAUGGCGCCAAAACCAGACCCGACACGGUACCGAGCGUGAGUGGAACCGUGGCGCCAAAUUUGAACAAGAACCUGAAUGGCUGGAUACCAACGACCGAGACGAACCACGACGAGCACACACCCAGGAGGACUUUGAGCGCUGGAAAGAGCGUAUGAAAGCUGGAUCUGGACCAUCCGCACAAACCCCGGCACACGCCGAGGAGAAGCGAGAAACACACGUUGAAGAGCAAAAGCCGGAGACCCGCCGUACUGAUGGUGAGAUCUUCAGCAAUUCCGGUGCUCAGUUCAUGUCCGACGAAUCGAUGGAACGAUUCUUCGGGCUCCUGGGCGAUUCCAAGGCCCAGCCUCAGAUUCCAGAAGUCAGUACUCCUAUCGCUGCCGAUCCAGUCGCUAAAAAGGACCCCUCCCCCUUUCCCGGAAAGCCUGGAAAGUCAUCUCGUUUUGCAGGUCUCUUUAGCCCCAUGCCAGAGAGCCCUGCCAAAGAGCCCGAGCCGAUGCCUUAUUUCAGUGCCCCACCCCAGUCCCAGCAAUAUCAACAGCCCCAGCCGGCGUCUGAGACUAUGCCUUUCCCAUCCCACAAUGCGGACCAAGAAGGAUUCCAGCGCAUUCUGCAGAUGCUUGGAGGACAACGUUCGGAGAAUUCUACUCCUCACGAGAUGAGUUUGCCCCAGCAGCAACGGAAUAUGCCCAUGAUGCACGCUGAACAGCAACAUGCCGCACUAUCUCUGUCAUCCCCUUCCAGGGAACCCCCUCACCGAUCCGAUUAUAUGGGCGCUGGCCCUGAGAACCCCAUGGCCCAAGUUGGCCCAAAGGAUCCCCAGGCGCUGGAGAGGGCGCACUUGCUUCGUUUGAUGCAGCAAGUCCGAGUCGGUCCACCAUCUACGGCUCAUCUAUCCCAGCAGUCUCCCAACCCGGGUAUUGCCCCUCCUCCAGGUCUGAUGCCAGAAACCAUGCCACGUCCUCCGCCAGGGCUUUCUGCCCAAAAGACGCCGACCUUCCUCGAUGACCCAGCAAUUGCAAACAUGCAGCGACCAGACAGCGAGCAUCUCCGCCGGCGACCUGCAAAUGGUCCGCCUAUAGGAUUCUUUGACGAUAUGCCAUUCGCUCAGGGUAAUCAAGGCCCUAUGACUCCGGUUGGCUCGCGGCCUCAAGGCGCGAACCAGCCUCCCAUGCCGCUUCAGCGACCCCCGGGUCUCGAGCAUAUUCCACCCCCUGGAUGGACUGGCCAGCCUGUCCCGCAGCAGGGAAAUGCACCAAGCCCUAUGGGCCCUCCUGGAAUAUCCACUCCGGGCCGCGGUAUGAACCCCAACUUCCCUCCUGGCAUGCUUCCUAUGCCCGGCAACCCGCCUCCAAUGAACGAGCGCCAAGGCUUCCCUCGCGGCCUGCCUCCAGGCAUGAUGCCACCUCCGGGUUAUAUGAAUGGCCCUCCCCCAGGCUUCCCUCCCAUGCCACCAAACCCCGAGGCCAUGAUGGGACUUGGUCCCGGUGCCCAGGGUCCCUUUGGACCUGGCAACCCUGGCCCACAGGGCCCUCCCCCCUCGUCUAGACACCUCCUGGAGAUGUUCGGCCAGUCCAACGGCGGCGAUGUCCGUGGCGGCAUGGUCGGUCCCGGCCAGUUCAGAUAA